AUUGCACACUUGUUAACAUCAUCUUUAUUUUCAUUGUCAGUUGCGACACUGAACCUUGAAGCUUACUCCUCACCCUCCUCCAUCGCCCUGAAAAUAGCCGAUCUUGUCGCCGGAAUCCAUGGCCAUCUGGCGAACAGGCAUGGCGCGCACUUCUAUACAGUGUUUACUCUUCACACUGCUCCCCGCCUUGAUAACUGUAUUCUACGCCGUUGGAUCAGCUGAAGCCUCGAUACACAACUACGACCGAGAUCCGUUUAGAGAGGUCGGAAAUGCUUACCUCGUCUCCGGCGGCAGCGAAGGCCUCGCCGCCACCUUCUCCGUCCCUAAGCCGCGUCGUGCAUUUCACUCAACUGUCCACGACGGACUCUCUUACAUCAGAUUUGAGAAUCUCACAUUUUGGAGGAGUAAAGAAACUGCAGACCAACAUCCAGAUAUGGCAUACAAUAGCGGUUUGAUACAGAUCAUAAUUUUUGAGGCAGCAGACCGUGAUAAUAUUGGUGGUUCACCUUAUGGUGGGCAAAGGUCUAUUUGUUGUACCCCUGAUCUUGCUAAACUUGAAGGUUGCAAACAAGGGGAAGUCAUUAGGACACCUUCUGCAACAGAUAUUAACUGGCCAGUGGUGUUGAAUGUGCAUUUUAGAGGAAAACAGUUAUCUGCGCGUAUGAAAAACCGGGAGGUUUAUAUAAAAAAGACCGGGAUGUAUAACUUGUUCUUCAUCUCAUGUGAUCCAAAGCUCAAGGGAAUGAAAGUAACUGGGAAAACAUUGUGGAAAAAUCCUGACGGCUUUUUGCCUGGUAGAAUGGCACCCCUAAUGAAAUUUUAUUCUGUUAUGUCUCUUGCAUAUGUUAUCCUCAGUGCCAUCUGGUGUUUUCAAUAUGUGAGAUACUGGAAGGAUGUUUUGCCACUUCAACACUGCAUCGCUGGUGUUAUUGCUCUUGGGCUAUUUGAGAUGCUAUUUUGGUAUCUUGACUAUUCUUACUUCAAUAACACUGGUGCGAGGCCUGUGGGCCUCACAUCUUGGGUUGUAACAAUUGGAUCAAUAAGGAGAACUUUUUCACGCAUCCUUAUUCUUUCCAUCUCAAUGGGUUAUGGUGUCGUGCGCCCUACCCUUGGUGGUCUUACAAUAAAGGUGCUGCUUCUUGGAAUGACAUAUUUUGUGGCAUCUGAGCUACUUAAUAUUACUGAGUAUGUGGGAACCAUAAAUGAUGUAGCAGGAAGAGCUAGAGUCUUCUUGGUCCUUCCUGAUGCAUUCUUGGAUGCAUUUUUGAUCUUGUGGGUUUUCACUUCUCUUUCAAAGACGCUCGAGCAACUACAGGCAAAGAGAAGCUCCGUGAAGUUAGAUUUAUAUAGGCAAUUUUCAAAUGCAUUAGCAGUUACUAUUAUUGCUUCAGUUGCUUGGAUAGGGUAUGAGGUUUACUUCAAAGCAACGGAUCCCUUCAAUGAGAGGUGGCAAAGUGGCUGGAUUAUCACUGCUUUCUGGGACAUUCUUGCAUUUGCACUGCUAUGUGUCAUCUGUUUCCUAUGGGCACCAUCUCAGAGCUCCCAAAGGUAUGCCUACUCAGAUGGGAAAGGUGAAGAUAGUGAUGACGAAGAAACAGAAUCCUUGUGCAAAGAGAGUCCAAGAGGUGAUAUCAGUUUAGUCAAAAUGGAGAGGAAGGAAGGGAUUGAAACGUCUGACGGAGAAGAUGAACCAGAAGAUGGUAAGAGGGAAUAAGUGCAUAAAAGAUUUGUGAGCUUUUGCUUAAGCACAGAGUCUGAAGCCAGUGCACGUCGAAUGGUCAGCGCUAUGUGUGCUAUUGCAAAUACUCCUCACUGCACAAUUGGAUUUUAAACAUUGUACAUGUCAAAAAGGUAGCGUUGCACAGGUCAUGAAAUUUUGGAGGUGAGAAUUGUUGAAACAAGUAUUGUAUUAAGGUUUUACAGUUUUCCUUUUAAAGCAUACUAUGUUACUUGGGGACAUGAAAGGUAACUUCUUCAUUUAGUCAAUGAAAUGAAAUGACUGCAUUGUUUUAGCAUUCCAAA